CUCCGCGGCGUUCCGGGCUCUUGCGGCGUCUUCCUUCGCCUCCGGCUUGUGCUUCCGGUGCGAGGGUCAGGGACAAGAUGGUGCCUCCCGUGAAGGUCUCUCCGCUCAUCAAGCUCGGCCGCUAUUCAGCCCUGGUCCUUGGCAUGGUCUACGGAGCCAAGCGCUACAGUUACCUAAAACCUCGGGCAGAAGAGGAAAGGAGGAUAGCAGCUGAGGAGAAGAAGAAGCAGGAUGAACUGAAACGGAUUGCCAAGGAGCUGGCAGAAGCCCAAGAAGACAGCAUAUUCAAAUGAGAUUCGUAUGAGCUGACUUUUCUUCCCGAGCGGUAGUGGAUAAAUAAAGCUUUCUGUGUUAUGCCAU